GACUUACUCCGGACCUGCAGGUGGCGAUAGAGAGCCCCAGCUGUUUCUCUCCCGUGCGUAAAGCGCGUCGUUGGUCAGGCGCAGCGGCUCUCUCUCCGCGGACCCCUCCCACUAGCAGAAGAGUGACACGCCAUUCAAUCGCAGCCUGGCCCUUCGCUCGUAGGAAGCAGGAGGGAGCUUUGAGCGUCCUCGCACUCCACGACAACAACAGUAUCCGACAGAAAGCGACCACAUCGGCGCUGCGCGACGCAAGACAAAAAAAAGUUGGGCCGAAUCUCGCCGAGAUGGGGAUCCGAAAGAAGACCACCAAGAACCCGCCGGUGCUGAGCCAUGAGUUUGUCAUCCAGAACCAUGCAGAUAUUGUUUCCUGUGUUGCUAUGGUGUUCCUUCUCGGGCUGAUGUUUGAGGUCACUUCAAAGUUUGCAGUGUUAUUCAUAACGGUCCAGUACAAUGUCACCAUAUCAACAAAUGGCCCAGAUGAGACGGACGUGAACCACUUCCACCACGGCAUCAAGGACCUGGCCACUGUCUUCUUCUACAUGCUGGUGGCCAUCAUCAUGCACGCCAUCAUCCAGGAGUAUGUGCUGGAUAAAAUGAACAGGAAGAAGCACUUCUCCAAAACGAAGCACAGCAAGUUCAACGAGUCCGGCCAGCUCAGCGCCUUCUACUUGUUCUCCUUCGGCUGGGGGACGAGCAUCCUGCUUUCUGAAAAGUUCCUGUCCAAUCCAGUCACCCUGUGGGAGGGUUAUCCCCAUACACUCAUGCCAUUCCAGAUGAAAUUCUACUUCAUUUGUCAGCUGGGCUACUGGUUACACGCUCUCCCAGAACUGUAUUUCCAAAAGACAAAGAAGGAGGAUAUUCCACGCCAGCUUGUGUACAUCGCUCUGUACCUGGUCCACAUUGCAGGCGCCUACAUUCUCAAUCUGAACCGUCUGGGUCUGGUCCUGCUGGUGUUGCACUACUUUAUCGAGCUCCUGUUCCACGUCUCCCGCCUGAUCUACUUCAGCAAUGAGAACAGGCAAACGGGUUUCACCAUAUGGGCCGUCUUGUUUGUCCUUGGACGGCUGCUCACCCUGUCCCUGUCUGUCCUGACCGUGGGCUUUGGCCUCGCCACAGCUGAGAAUCAAGGCUUUGACUGGUCUGCAGGAAACUUUAAUGUCCUCUUUGUUCGGAUAACUGUGCUGGCCGCCAUCUGCCUCACUCAGGCCUUCAUGAUGUGGAAAUUUAUCAACUUUCAGCUGCGCCGGUGGAGAGAGCAUGCCCAAGCUCAGACCUUGAAAAAGAAACAAGUUCCUUCCAAGAGCAAAUCGAAGAAAGACAAAGCCAAUGGAGUAAACGGAGUCUCCCACGGAGCUGAUUCACCAAGAGCAAGAAAAGAGAAGUCAUCAUAAAUACAUUCCCAUCAGCCCCCUCUAUCACCUCCCUCUCAAAGAACCCCCCCCCCCCCCUCCCACCACCACCACCACCCCCACCCCGUGCCUCUAUGGCUGUAUCCAACCAACACGUCCUCCAGCUCCUCUGCCAUGAAUAUCCCACACAGGACUGACCUCCCAGCUGGACUUCCAGGGCCAGAUUGCAGUUAGCUUUACUUUGUCGCCAGUCGUCCAGCACGCCUUGAUUUCAGAAUCAUCGCUGCGCUGUGCCAUUUCCAAUGAAAAAAAACAAAUUCCGAAAUAAACUUUAAAAAAAAAAAAAAAAAAAAAAAAAGACCUUAUUUAAGAAGUGCCUAUUGAUACGGAUUGUUUUGUACAGGGUGUGUAAUUUUAAAAUAUCAGGAAUGAUGACUUCAGUGUUUAAUGUUCCUCCCAAGUCAGGUCAUUUCAUGCUUUUUUUUCCCCUAAAUACUGUAUAUUCCAGCCUGUUUUAAUUCCCUUGUCCUUCUUGUAUGUGCUCCUCUUCUUUACCACUGACUCCUGUCCCUUUUUUGAGGGUAGUUUUUUUUUUUUAAACAUUGUAUGGAGUUUAUGAAUUUCCUCAUAGUAUCUCCUAUUUUUCCAUGAGUGGCAUUCAAGUGUUUAUUAUCUCCAAUUCAGGAUAUGACUGGGUUCACACACCAGACUGUUCAAAACUCACCGACAUUGAUGUGAUGUCUCCACAAUGUCAACGGCCAAAAAAAAUUAAAAAAAUAAAUGUAAAGCGAUGUAGCAUAUAAACAUUUUCAGUAUUGAUAGGGAAGAGUGUACAGAAGCUACACGAGGACGACAGGAGACAUCACCCUGUAGGACCACACGUAGAUUCACGGUUCAGUAUUGUGCAAAACUGCCCCGAUGUAGCAUCUGGUUAUAAGAGUUCAGAGCAGCUUUGUAAUCACAGCAGACUAGAUUUCCCUCGCCAUGAAAUUAUACUUAAUAGCUCUGCCUAAAAACGCUGUCAAUAAAUGUACGGACCUCCUGUGUUUUUUCGUGGAUUUGAGCAAUUAUCAGAAACUACAGGAGAUGGAAAAAGGACGAAAUCAGGCAAAACAUACCUCGAGUGAGCUUGAUUGAAUGACUGUCUUGUUUGAUGUUUAAGUGGAAUGGGUUUACUGUACUUGUUUGGCCUUGCAUAUUACUUACAUAAAAAGAAAAUAAUAAUGUCCACAAGAUUUGUUAUAAAAGCACAGACUGGGAUUAAGAAAACCA